AUGGUGAAGGUGGAGGAGGCGCAAGCGGAGGCCAACAUUGGCAGCUCCGUGUCGUCCAUGUUGGGCCACAACGACGACCAGGCCAGACAAUCCAGUUCAAUCGUCGACCUCACCUCCAUCGACGAUAUCGACGGCCAGGCGGCGGACAUCGGACACGUGCCCAUGUCGAGUUCGAGCUCAAGGUACGACGACGGCUACAUGAGCGACUGGGAGGGCCGGCCGAGGUGCGGGAGCAAGGUGCGGUCCAGCGACGAGGACUCCGGCUGGUGGGUCGGCGAGCGCGACGUCGACCGCAAGGCCGCCAACUACAUCAACGAGUUCCACCAGAAAAAGGCACCACCAACACCUAGCUAG